CUCUCCCUGUGAAUCUCAGGGUACAUGCUCCUGCUCGUCUCCCCAUAUCUCUGUCAAUAUCUUCAUCCGGUGAGCUCCCCCAUGUUGUAGCUGUCAAGUCACCAUAUCCUGGUGUGGUUGUUGGUGGUAGCCGUCCUUCAUCUCUUCGUGUGCUGUUUG